UCCAUUCCACUGAAUGUCCCACAGGUGGACUCCAUUCCACUGAAUGUCCCACAGGUGGACUCCAAUUCACUGAACGUCACACAGAUGGACUCCAAUUCACUGAAUGUCCCACAGGUGGACUCCAAUUCACUGAAUGUCCCACAGAUAGACUCCAAUCCACUGAACGUCACACAGAUGGACUCCAAUCCACUGAACGUCACACAGAUGGACUCCAAUCCACUGAACGUCACACAGGUGGACUCUAAUCCACUGAACGUCCCACAGGUGGACUCCAAUCCACUGAACGUCCCACAGGUGGACUCCAAUCCUAUGAAUGUCCCACUGGUGGACUCCAAUCCACUGAAUGUCCCACUGCUGGACUCCAAUCAACUGAACAUCUCACAGAUGGACUCCAAUCCACUGAACGUCCCACAGCUGGACUCCAAUCCACUGAAUGUCCCACAGGUGGACUCCAAUCCACUGAACGUCCCACAGGUGGACUCCAAUCCACUGAAUGUCCCACAGGUGGACUCCAAUUCACUGAAUGUCCCACAGGUGGACUCCAAUUCACUGAAUGUCCCACAG